AUGUCGCGGAUGAGCGGCCCCGGGCCGGCUGGCAGCGCCAAGGAGAAGCGCUCCUUCAGCAAGCGGCUCUUCCGCGGGCGCGCAGCGGGCGGCGGCACGGGCUCGGCCCCGGCCGCCGCCGCCUCCCCGGCCUCGUCCCCCUCCGGGCGGUCCCUCGGUGGGUUCAUGAGCCGCGUGCUGAAGACCCUCUCCACCCUCUCGCACUACAGCAGCGAGCCCGAGCCCCGCGGCCCGCACGCCCCGCGCCUGCCCCCGCCGCAGGCGGCCGGCGGCCUGGGCAGCUGCUUCCCGCCGGGCCCGCCCCGCAGCCCCGAGCCCCCGCCGCGGCCCGCCGGCGGCCCCGAGGCCGUGCCCGGCGUGGCGGGGCUGCGCAACCACGGCAACACCUGCUUCAUGAACGCCAUCCUGCAGUGCCUCAGCAACACCGAGCUGUUCGCCGAGUUCCUGGCGCUGGAGCAGUUCCGCGGAGAGCCGCCCCCCUCCGCCCCCGGCCCCGCCGACGGACCCCCGCCCGCGCCCGGGGAGGUGACGGAGCAGCUGGCUCAGCUGGUGCGGGCGCUCUGGACGCUGGAGUACACCCCACAGCACAGCCGCGACUUCAAGAACAUUGUGUCCAAGAAUGCUCUGCAGUACCGUGGGAAUGCCCAGCACGAUGCACAGGAGUUCCUGCUUUGGCUGCUAGACAGAGUCCACGAAGAUCUGAACAAUGUGGUGAAUUCCAGCAGUGUGCCACCACUCAAGCCACCACUGGAGGAUGAUGUGCUGCUUGAGGGACCAGCCUUUCCAAUCAGUAGUACUUUUGUGCAGGAACUCUUUCAAGCCCAGUACAGGUCCUCUCUGACGUGCCCUCAUUGCCAGAAGCAGAGCAACACUUUUGACCCUUUUCUCUGCAUCUCUCUGCCAAUUCCUUUGCCUCACACACGGCCUCUCUAUGUCACCGUGGUCUACCAGGGGAAGUGCUCCCACUGCAUGAGGAUCGGGGUGGCCGUGCCCAUCUCUGGAACAGUGGCCAGGCUGCGGGAGGCUGUCUCCUCUGAGACCAAGAUACCCACAGAGCAGAUCGUGCUGACUGAGAUGUACUAUGAUGGGUUCCAUCGUUCCUUCUGUGAUAGUGAUGACCUGGACACUGUUCAUGAAAGUGACUGCAUCUUUGCCUUUGAGACCCCAGAGAUAUUUAGGCCUGAGGGCAUCCGCAAUCAGAGGGGAAUACAUGUGAACAAUAACCUGAAUAACUUGAAAUGUGGGACUGAGCACCCCAGAACAAUAUCUUACUCUCAAGGAACAGUGAAGUCUGGAAAACUGGAACACUCCUCUACUAAACCAGCAGCAAAUGACAAGAUUGUCUUGCUGGUGUGUAACAGAGCAUGCACUGGACAGCAGAGCAAAAGGUUUGGCUUGCCUUUUGUAUUGCAUCUGGAAAAAACAAUUGCUUGGGAUAUUCUGCAGAAGGAAAUUCUGGAGAAGAUGCAGUAUUUCCUGCGGCCUGCAGCCUGCAUGCAGGUUUGCCCGUUCAGCUUGCGAGUGGUCAGUGUUGUGGGCAUAACCUAUUUGCUACCUCAGGAGGAGCAACCCCUCUGCCACCCAACAGUGGAAAGGGCAUUGAAGUCAUGUGGACAGGGGGGAACGGCUCAUGUGAAAUUAGUGGUAGAAUGGGACAAAGAGACUAAAGAUUACUUGUUUGUGAAUAUGGAAGAGGAGUAUAUUCCAGAUUCUGAAAGUGUCCGCCAGCAGAGAGAGCUUCAUCACCAACCUCAGACCUGCACUUUAUCUCAGUGUUUCCAACUGUACACCAAAGAGGAACAGCUUGCCCCAGAUGACGCGUGGCGAUGCCCACACUGCAAGCAGCUGCAGCAGGGGAGCAUCACACUGAGCCUCUGGACCUUACCUGAUGUUCUCAUAAUACAUCUCAAAAGGUUCAGACAGGAAGGAGACCGAAGGAUGAAACUUCAGAACAUGGUUAAAUUCCCUCUGAGUGGUUUGGACAUGACUCCUCAUGUUGUUAAACGCAGUCAGAGCAGCUGGAGUCUGCCAUCUCACUGGUCACCCUGGAGACGACCUUAUGGUCUUGGAAGAGAUCCUGAGGACUACAUCUAUGACCUGUAUGCUGUCUGCAAUCAUCAUGGCACAAUGCAAGGGGGACACUAUACAGCAUACUGCAAAAACUCAGUGGAUGGCCAGUGGUACUGCUUUGAUGACAGUGAUGUUCAGCAGCUUCCUGAAAACGAGGUCUGCAAACAGACAGCUUAUAUCCUUUUCUACCAGAGACGCACAGCAAUCCCGUCGUGGUCUGCUAACAGCUCUGUGGCAGGCUCCACGAGCUCCUCACUCUGUGAGCACUGGGUGAGCCGCCUGCCCGGCAGCAAGCAGCCCAGCGUGGCCUCCGCAGCCUCCUCACGCCGCACUUCUCUGGCCUCACUCUCAGAGUCGGUAGAGCUGGCUGGGGAGAGGAGUGAAGAUGAUGGAGGGUUUUCCACUCGUCCCUUUGUAAGGAGUGUCCAACGCCAGAGUUUGUCAUCUAGAUCCUCUGUCACCAGCCCCCUGGCAGUCAGUGAGAAUGGUGUCAGGCCCUCCUGGUCGCUCUCUGCAAAGCUGCAGUUCCGCUCCAACUCUCCAUCCCGCUUCUCUGGAGAUUCCCCUGUGCAUACGUCUGCCUCCACCCUGGAGAAGAUCGGGGAGGCUGCUGAUGAUAAAGUCUCCACCUCCUGCUUUGGCAGCCUGAGGAAUCUCUCUAGCAGCUACUUGGAGCCCUGUGAUGGCACUCGGCGAGAGCACAGGACGGCUCGCAGAGCUCCUUUGGCUGUCAUGGAAGGGGCAUUCAGGGAGGAGUCUGUUAUAAGGACAUCUAGCUCAGAUCUUUCAGAUGGGUAUGGUAAAAGCUCUGUGCAGCCAGACAGGAGUUGCCCUGCUCUGGACCCUUUUGAUAACAACAAUCAGAUUGCCUUUGUUGACCAGAGUGAUUCUGUGGAUGGCUCUCCGGUCAAGGAGGUGAAAACCCCCAGUGGGACAGGGCUGGUUGCAGAGAAGGCAGGUGGCACUCCUAGGAAGGUCCACAGCUCCAAGGGAGUUUCUGAGCCAGACAAAUGUUUGAGGAAGGGAAGGACAGUCUCAUCUACCCAAGAGACCAAGGUCUCUCAGUCAUCUCCUCCACUAAAGAGUUCCCAAAAGGUUUCCCGAUCUAGAAGCAAGACCGACUCCUCUAGGGCCAGUGGGCGACAUGGGUCUCCUGCUGCCACUCAGGCUAGAAAGGACCACAGCACGAAGCCCCUUGAGGUGGCCACCCCAUCAGCACAACAGAAGCAAAGGUCAGGUGGCUCUCCAUCCUCCACAGCUGCCAAGAAAACCCCAUCAGGCUCAUUGACUAAGGGUUCUUCUGGUGGGAAGAGCCGGACUGCAGAUCGAAGCCUCAGCAGAGAGGGAUCUAAGAUAAGUCUGGGGUCAGAUAAAACGAGUGUUACCAGCAGCUCAAGGACAAGCUCACCACGGAUAAGCCACUCCAGGAGUGACAGCAGGGCAGCAGACAGCAAGCACGUGCGGAGUUCUUCCAUGGCCAACCUGCGGUCUCCGAACGUUGGUGCACGCUCUGGUUUGAAGAGGGACAGCAAGUCAGAAGAGAAGGGUUUGUCUUUCUUUAAAUCAGCCUUGAGGCAGAAGGAGACCCGGAGGUCAGCAGACCUGGGAAAGACAACGAUGCUCUCCAAAAAGACAGUGAGUGGCACUUCCAAGUCAGGCAGUAAAAAUGUGCUGGAAGACAAAUCGGAGAAAGGUGUUGUCCCACCAGCUUCGCAAACCAAUGCCAACAUUUCUGCAAAAGAAAAGGUUGUCCCAAAAGAUGCCACACCCAACAAACAUUCUCUGCUGUCCAGUCGCAAGUCUAAGUCUUCCCAACUAGAUCCUGGAGUCCAGUCUCCUCCUUCCAGUGGCAAAAAGUCUGCUGACAAGCCACUGAAAAAAUUACCUUCCAGCAUGCAGGUGUCUGUACGGCCUUCUCUGGAACCUCAGUGAAAUGCUGCAGUCCAAGUGUCUUUUCUUCUGCUGAGAAGCUAAUUUAUUCUGAGCUCUUGUUUUUGGUUUUGGUUUUUUUUUUUUGGUUCAUGUGCCUAAUGUAUGUUUUGAGGAGAAGUUAACUGCAAGUUGUUAAAGCGCCUUUUGAUUCUGCCAUCAAACCAAAUAGCCACAGGCAGCCAGCACUGAUGCAAGCAGUCCAGCUGGAGUCAUUCAUUGUUAACAUGAAUGCAGCUGCCCCAUAGCACUUGUGCAGGAGUCUCGUUGUAGAAAAUGCAACAACUUUCUUCAGGUUCAAGGUUUGAAAUCUGAAACCUGGCUGUACUGAUACUGGAGUGCUUUAUAGAGCUGUGAACUGAUAUUCCUUUGGUCUUGUCCUGAGCAGGCUGUGUCCACACUGGUGUGUGGCCUUGUUCUGAGCUCUGGAGGAUGUGAAGGAAACUGGAGAGAUUGAUGCUUCUUUAUGCUCUCUCUCAACCUUCUCUUCCCACUUCCCUCCAUUUGUUCAAGCUUUCUAAAGGGCAAUAUUUCAACACUAAUGUUGUUUCUCAGGUAUAUACUCAGCCAGUAUAGGAGGGACUAGCAUUAGUGGAUGGACAGAAAGGUACCUGUGCAUCUGUAUGUACGUGUGUCUGGAAUAGAUUUCAUUUUUGCAUUCGAGCAGCAGAAAGUGGGUUGUUUUGUUGUGGUUUGUUUUUUUUGUUUUGUUUUUUUACAAAAUGUACCCCAAUUUUGUUGCUAUGUCUAUGAAGAGUUUUACUCUGCCCAUACCUAAGGCAGCCUGUACCCUGUCCUCUUUGAAUUGCUGUCUUUCUUCUGAAACACUGUACUAAGCAACAGAAUAAAUCACCAAGCAGCAGCUGGUGGCCAGCUGGCCUGUGGAAGGGCAAGGUGGGAGGAGGUUGCAGUGUGGAGGGAGGUCCUCAGAGUGCUGUAGGAGAGCUGUCAUGAUGCACCCAGUGGCACUGCUGUUGGUAGGACCCCUGUCUGAGCUCCUGAGAAAUGUUUCCUCAUGUGCUCCCAUGCUCAGCUGCUGUCGUGUGAGUACAGCAUCCUAUGUAGAGCUAUAGGAGAAAUGUUUAGAUAAGCCAAGUGUUGUCUUCUCUGCCUUCUCUGAGCAUGCUUUGAACAAGCCUCUUUGUGCAGGUUGGAGGGGCUGUACCCAACACCACCAAGCAGUUCUGCACCUUCUCCAAAGUGCUGCUGUGUUCCUCCCCUCCCUGUUUGGGCUGGCUGCCCCAUCCCCUACUGCAGCCAUCCCUGCUCUGCUUUGAGUUAGUCUGUCAGGGGUAAAAACACUCCAUCUAGUGAUGUCUUUGUUUACAUGCCCUUCUUAAAAGGGAGAUUCCUCAAGUUCUUCAAGGUUCCUCUUAAAAGGUGGAUUCCUCAAGUCCUUUUAUAUACAUGUGGCAUCGUUUUGUUUUGUUUUGAAAAUUUCCUGGGGUUUUAUGAAUGUGCUGCAUAUCCUUUAGGUACAGCAGUAGUCUGCUGUGUGGCUCAUGGUGUGGAGCAGCUGGGCAGUGUGCUGGGCACACUUGUCUUGGGAAGGAGGUCUUUGCCUGCCAGACAGUCCUGUUUGGCAAAACUUCUCCAGGCUGAGCUUCUGAGCAGACAUUGGUGCAUCUUCUGUCUCCAUAGCAAGCAGCCCUCCAGCGAGCCCCUCUCUUGAGCUUCUGUGCUGAUCACCCUGCAAGAAGCCUUGUCCCCAGGUCUGCUGGGCAGGAUGCUGCUGUCAGUGUCCUGCUGGGCUCAGCACCCCUCCCCAGCCAUCUCUGGAGAGGUUUGGUGGGCAGCUGAGCCCCUGGCAGGAGGCAGGGUGUGUGUGGAGCUGAGCAGGGAGCUCGCUGCAGGGUGACCCUCGACGUUCUGCAGUGCUGAGCUUCACCGAACCCAGAAGCAAUGCCAGUAGCCUGCAUGUUUUUACAAUAUGCUGGACUCUGUGCCCUGGACUAUGUUUUUGAACCUGAACAUGACCAUCUUCUUGAUGCAUUUCUUCUCCAGGGUAUUGUUUCAGUCUUGUUUAUUGCAGCAAUGAGGAGCAAAGAUUGCAUUGCUUGCUGCU